GUUGAACCCGGCGGGUCGGGCGCACCGGGCGGAGGGGGCGCGCGUGUCCUCAUACGUCUCACAACAAACAGAUGGCUGCUGUUGCUUGCUCGUGUCAGCCAAGGUUGCGUCAGAAUUGUGCACAUUGACUUUCCCUCUUAGCCAUGGGUGUGCAUGUAGACCGUGCGAAUUCAGAGACUGCUAUUUCCUUGAUACAAGAAUGUUGGCUGUGAGGUGUGGGAAAUCCCAAAUAUGACUUGAAGAAGAGACGCUCUUUAAAAAAACAAAACAAAGCAGAAGGAUGGCUUUUUCGAAGAGCAAAUUACUGUGGCUGUCCAUAUUCUGGACUUAUGUGCUCCUGUCUGUUGUAUGUCUUCCUUCACUUGUAUCUGCAAGUAAAAAGAGCUCGCACAUGAAAGAAACGAUAAGUAACACUGAGCUUUUGUCUGAAACUGACGAUGAAACUCUGCUGAUAUCAACCUUGGAUGGUGCCCUUCAUGCCAUUACCAAGUCCUCAGGAGCUCACAAGUGGACACUGAAAGAUGAUCCUGUAAUAAUAAAUCCAACAGAUUCUUCUCAACCACCCAUCCCACAGUUCUUCCCCAAUCCUCAAGAUGGGUCAUUAUAUAGAUACACUUUGGGUCGUGGAAGAGAUCCACUGAAGAAGCUCCCAUUCACCAUCCCGCAACUUGUGGCAAAUUCACCCUGCCGUUCCAGUGAUGGCAUUUUCUACCUUGGCAAAAAAACUGACUCAUGGGUUGGAGUGGAUUCAAUCACGGGUGAGAAGCAGCUUGUGUUGGGGAUGGAUAUUGUAGACCGAAAGUGCCCUAAACCAUCUCGUAAUACUGUCUACUUUGGUCGCACCCUAUAUAACAUCAUUCUAUAUGAGGCAUCAACUGGAAAUAAAUGGAACAUCAGUUUCUCAGAAUAUGCUACAAGUGGCUCUUCAUCAACAGUGCAAGAUUAUGAUUUGGUUCACUACACAUCAACUGGUGAAGGAUCUAUCUUGACUGUGGAUCAGAUGACUGGUUCUCUUCUCUGGACACUGGAUCUAGAAUCCCCAUUGGUUGCAAUGUACCAGCUUGGACCUGAUGGAGGACUACAGGCUGUCCCGACAACUACAGUUGCACCACAGACCUUGAAUCAUUUUACAAAAGAAUUCAUGCACCUGACACAUCAGACCCAAGAUGGUUCUGAUGGUCUUCUUAUAAAAAAACUCAGUCCAACAAUUUACAUUGGAGAGUGCAGCUCUGGUGUGUAUGCAUUGCCAGCACUGGUGGAUACAAACACAGUAACUAUUUCACGUAAAGAGUCUCAGUUACUCCUAGAAGGCCCUCCUGGUUUUCGAGGUACGCUGGGUUCUCGCCCAUCACAAACUGCAAGUGAUGCAGAAGAAGAAAAGAAACCUGAUGUACUAUUACUUGGGUAUUAUGAAGUACCAGAGAAAGUGAAGGCUGACCUGGCUAAGGCAACACCAGAGGAAUUAGCUGAUUUUAAUAAUCAUAUACUACCCUUAGGCAUCACUCAUGAGAAGAAUGAAAGUAAUACAGCAGAGACAACCACUUAUCCUAGCCAAAAAUCCAAACAGGAAAGGGAUCAUUUAAUUUUAGAUGGCAUGGAGCAAAUAAAAAAAAUGAACUUUAGUUUUAUAGCUUCAGGAAGAAUGAUCAGAUGGUGGGGAGCCAUUUUUCAAGUAGCAUAUGGAUGGCUUUUUGCCGAUCCUAUCAACCUGCUGGUAGUGAUUCUUAUUCUAGGCCUUGGAGGAAUAGGCAUUCUCCUUUAUAAACAGGCCAAGGAUUAUGCACGUCUAUCUCAAGAAAUGUCAUCUCAUAGACUUUGGUCCCAAGGGUCCAAUAGUUCAUCAGGUGGUUCAUCCAGCAGUGUCACUGCACAAGUGGAGGAAUUAGAAGAUGGAUCUGUUCGUGUAGGGAAAAUAGAGUUUGAUCCUUUGCAGCUACUUGGUAAAGGAUGUGAUGGAACCUUUGUAUUUCAAGGCUCUUUUGAUGGACGCUCUGUUGCAGUUAAGAGAGUGCUUCCAAGGUGCUUCUCUAUCGCUGAUCGAGAAGUAGACCUACUUCGGGAAAGCGAUCAGCAUCCUCAUGUGAUCAGAUAUUUUUGCACUGAACAGUGCCGUCAGUUCCGGUACAUAGCAUUAGAGCUCUGUAGUGCAACAGUGGAAGAUUUUGUGCAGGGGAGAUUUAAAGCAGAUAUCAGUGACCAUACCAUCCUCCACCAAGCGACGUCAGGCCUGCAACAUCUGCAUAACCUUGACAUUGUGCAUCGUGAUAUUAAGCCACACAAUGUUCUUCUCUCAAUACCAAAUAAUCGUGGCCAAGUCCGUGCCAUGAUAUCUGAUUUUGGAUUGUGUAAACGGCUAGAGACAGGCCGAAUGUCCUUUUCAAGAAGGUCAGGCAUCACAGGUACUGAAGGAUGGAUUGCUCCCGAAAUGAUGCUACAAACAUCUCGACCAACCUGUAAAGUUGAUAUAUUUUCACUUGGGUGUGUGUACUACUACCUCUUAACAAAGGGAAGGCAUCCAUUUGGCUCUGUCCUAGAUAGACAGUCAAACAUCAUAUCAGGAAAAUAUCUACUUGAUGACUUAAGUGAUGAAAAGGAUGUCUGCUGUAGGAUUCUAAUAGAAAAAAUGAUUAGCAGCAAAGCAUCAGAACGCCCACCAAUAUCUGCCAUCCAAAAACACCCAUUCUACUGGAGUAAAGAGAAAGUUCUAGGUUUCUUCCAGGAUGUGAGUGAUCGUGUAGAGAAAGAAGGUGGAGACAGUUUGGUCAUGAUGAACCUUGAGCGAGGGAAUUUGGAUGUGGUUCGAGGAGACUGGCGUCAACACAUGCAUCAUGUCAUUGCAGAAGACCUUCGCAGAUUUAGAGACUAUAAAGGAUGGUCUGUCAGAGAUCUCCUCAGAGCUCUUAGAAAUAAGAGAAACCAUUACCGGGAGCUUAAGGAGGAGGCCAGACUAGUGUUUGGUCGCAUUCCAGAUGAGUUUGUAUCAUACUGGACAGACCGGUUCCCGAAAUUGCUCAUCCACACUUGGAUUGCAAUGCAUUGUGUCAAGUCAGAACCAAUAUUUACAAAAUAUUAUGAUACCUUUUAUAACUUUUUUCAGGCUGAGGACUCUGACUCUGAAGUUGAAGAGGCAAUUGAGGAUGACUUUUUGCAUGAAAAUUAUAGCUUCGCUCCCAAUAACCCCCACUGGACUGGGACCCCUAGAAUGUGGCCUGGUAAUAGUGUCCAAGAACAACAGAAUCCCUCCUACACUAUCAUAAAGAGAAGUCCAAGUAAAAGCACCAAUAACAGGGACAAGAAAGAAGACAAACCACCUGUCUGGGUAAUUCGCAAACCUCAGAAUACCUUUGAGCCUAGAUUUAAAGCUUCUGAAGUUAGGAGUCCAGGGAAUAUAGAUGGGCCAUGGAGAAGACUGCCAGAAGAAGCAAGGGAAAAGGAGAAGCUUCAGGAGACCAAAAUUGAAAGUACAACUGUUUCAAGCCUAUGUGAGAGGUCUGAAGAAUUAGAAUCAACAGAAAUUGUGAAUCCUGCUCUCCAAGAAGAGGAAAGUCAGGGCUGUGAUGAUGAUAAGUUAGAUAACGAAUCUUGCAUUGAUAUAGAUAAUCUUCAAGAUGAAGGGAGCACGGUAGAAGAAAUUCCCCUAACUGAAAAAGGUGUCCCUGAUAAUAACAUCCAAGCUAGUCUGCCAGAGAAGCGAAGAGAUGCUUCUCAGUUGCGAUUCCGCCCAGUUAGAACAUCCCCAGAGAAACUUCCACCUGAGCCUGAUAAACAGAUCAAAAUAGUGACUGGCACAGGCAAAAAGAAGAAGACAAAAAAUAUUGUUAUAGGUGGAAAUGAGUGAUUGUAAUCUAGUUACUAAACCCGUGAUCUGAAAUUUUGCACUUAGCAAUAUUACAGUCUUUUAAUUUUUAAUCUUUGUAAACGGAUUAAAUAAAAACUCAUUGUCUGCGGUCAGUCUUGUUGUUUUCUCUUACUAUGGUUUAAUGUAGCAAGCAUUAUACUUAAAAGAAAUUUAUGGGACAGACUUUUUUGUAACAAGUAAAAUUGUGUUGGGAUUUGCAGUAAAGGGAACAAAUGACAUAACAAGGAGAUUAGUUCAGUUUUAGAAGUUUGGGAAUACAACCUUACGGUUUAUGUUAUUGCUUUGACAUAACUGUACUGUAAAACAUGGUGAAGACAGAUAUCUGGUAAUAAGUGGACUACCAUUCCAUUAUAAUGGCUAGCAUCAAUGUGUUUCUUCAUGUGAUUGGAUCUCUCAUAUAUUUAUAUUGAUUAUUCUUAUAUAAUGUUAAAGAUGAUAUAAGAUAAGACACAUAAAACAAAUGAGAGCCUAUUUUUUGUAGUAAGCAGUUUUGAAACAAAGAAAUAACUAAUGAAUGUCCUUAUUGAUACCAUAAUGUCAGUGAUGUGGAUUUUUGUUAUGUUGGUUUUGUUUAAAAAAUUGAUUCCUUGCAAUAGUUUGAAAGUUCUAAAAUCUUUUGCUUGGUAAAUAUUAAAUACACUGAUUUCAUUACAAGGGAUUUAGUGUUUGAAGAGUCAUUUGGAAGCAACCAUAUCAAGUAAAAUGUCAUAGGUUUUGUAAACAAACCUUUUAUAAAAUAGUAAUAAUACUGAUACAAAUAAUUAAAAAAGAUUAUGUAGUCUCUCCUUUUUCAUAUUCUUGAUCUUCCUCAUGUAACUAUUACUAGAUACAGAGUUUAUUUGUUUAGUGCUUAAACAUAUUUCAAGCCUUUUUUGAUUCAGAUGUUAGUAUAUAAUUCUGUAAUUUAGCUUGACACCUUUCAUGCCAAUAUGAAAUGUUCCGUAGAUAUUUUUGUUAUUAUUUACUGUUUGUAGAACAUGCUAUAUCCAUAUGAUUUUAUGAUCUCAAUUUUCUUGAUAUGAUAAGCUAUCAUUUCGAGGUGUGUUGUAGUUAUGUCUACUAAAUUCUGGGAGAGCCGUUUGUGAAUUAUACCAAAGUAUUCAAAAUAUUUUAGUCAUAGAAAUGUUUUGGGGAUGAGAGAUACAUACUGAAUAAUUUAAAGCUAUAGUGCAGGUUGUUCUUCUCUAGUUUUGGACCAGGCAAGUACUCACGUAGUGGUAAAAAGGGCCAAAUUAUACACAAAUUGUACUGAAAACAUCGAGAAUCACAGGUAACUUUAGUUGAGAAAAAUAAUCUGAGGGUUAUAUUGUCUUUUUUUUGUUGUUGUUGUUAUUUUAAAGGUUAUUAUUAUUAUUAAUAUUAUUAUUAUUAUUAUUAUUAUUAUUAUUAUUAUUAUUAUUAUUAUUAUAAUAAUAAUUAUUAUUGUAUUUAUCCUUUUAUAAAGAUCAUCACUGUGUUCAGAUUAUUAUUUCUACUAGUACUAUAGUAGGUGCUUUAUAUUACUAAAAUGUUACACUUCACUCAGUAGCAUUAGUUAAAGAUGAUGCCAGUUUGACAAGAAAAGUAUGGUGCCUGAUGCAGUAUCUGUAGAAUAUUGCUCGCAGAUAGGCUGUAUUAGAAGUUUGGAUUAUCAAAUGGUGGUUGUAAAUGGUUUCUUAUAUGAGGGUUAGCUCAAUAAUAAUAAUACUCUGCUACUUCCUUUCUAUAAAGCUAAACCAGAUUUUGGUUCAUUGUCUUUGAUGGUUAUCAAUUUUAUAAUUAUUUAUAGGGGUGAGUAACAUGUUACUUAUAUAUUCAUAUUGAUAGUUUGCUCCACCAAAAAUAAAAUAUUUGCUGAUCUUGACAGUGAUGAUAGAGAAGUUGGUGCUGUUAUGAUUGUGAGAAUAUAUCUUAUAGUUCAAAUUCAUUAUUUAUUAGUAAUACUCUGGAGAUGAGAUCUGCAGAGUGCUGGAAUUUUACUUCUGUUUAUCAGUGUAAUUAUUUUCUUUAUAUUAAAAAAAAAAAAGGAGAGAAAUUACACAUAAUGGAGAAUUGCUAUUGAAUGUUCAGUACUUAAUCACAUUUUGUAUUGUACUUCAUUAUCUUUAAAUGUAACAGACAUUUAUUUAUUUUUCCUAGAGCUUCUGUGUACAGCAGUUUAUAACAUAUGAUGUGUGGGACAAGAGUGCUGUCCUUGCACAUUUUUUAGACUUGUCAUUUUCUUGUGUGUUUUGAAUAGUGUUCAUGUUUGUUUCACAUGUAAUCUCUAAGUAUUUUUAUCACUUACGAAGUUCACUACAUUAUCAGCUUUAUCAUUUCAGUCUGUAUUCAUUCAGUUUACUGCCUUGAAACCAAGAUGUCUAUGUUAACAUACUAAUGAAACAUUUGUAUAUCAGAUAUCUGUUUCAGUUCAUAUGAGCUUAGUUAUGCAUUUUGAAGGGUUAAGAUAAUGCUUUUAAUUUCAUGGUAAAACUGACAAGGUUGGUGUAAUUAGCGUGCCAUGCCAAACUGCAGUACAGUAUGUUAUUAUUUUUGUCCACAAUUACGUUAAUAUGGAAAAGGUGCAAAAAUGCAUCCCAACUGAUACUGUAGAAGGGAAGGGAGUGAUGAAGUGCUUAUUGGAGUUAUUUGCUGUGUGCACCCUUUUAUUGUGAUAUUUUCUUUGUUGUAAACAUUUGUUUUUACAUUUAGUAUUACUAUAGGAGUAUAUUGGAUUCAUCAUCACUUAUUUUUGUUUUUUCAGUAAAAAACAUAAAAUCAAUAGCUCCAGUUCCCUGUUUGUACUGAGCAUAGGUCUGUUUUCUUAUAGUUUGUAUAUUAGAUGUGGAUAAUGGAAGUUCUAUUUAUAUUCUGACUGGAUGAAAAUUUGUGCAUUGGAAAUGUACGAAUAAUAUGAUUGGCAAGUAGUGUGAUAAAUAGUACAAUCGUUUGUGAUGGAGUAUGCACAUUGAAGGUUAUUUAAUGUCACCAUUUUGUCCUAUUCCACCAGUAAGGUUGAACUGAUACUCUCUGUAUACUGUAGUAGGAAGUCAGUGUUUUAUACACAUAGCACACACAGUAGGAUCAAGGGAUUUUUGAAUGAAAGAUAAUAUAUUAUAGCUCAUAUUAAUAAUCAAGUAGUUGCUAUAUAUAUUAUAUAGAUUAUAAAAUGGACACUGAAGUGCUGCACAAGUUAACAUAUUUUUAUACUUUUUAUUCACAUGGGUAGUUAGCAUAUAUUUUUAUAAAUAUGUAUUCUAUUCACAUGAUAUAUAUAUAUAUGUGUGUGUUGGAAAUCUGUUUUUACAGAGUACACUUUUAUAUAACGAUUAAUCUCGUUUAAUAGUAAUAGGCUAUUAAAGAUUGUGACACUGA